CGUUGCUGCAUUCCUUUAUUUUUUAGGGAGGCUAGAAAAACAUGCUAUACUCUCUCACUUUCUAGACUUAUAUAAAACAUAGCAACGUAUAUCAACGUAAAAGUCUCAUUUCAAAACAAAAAUCAUAAACCUUACUGCUUGUAUAAAAUUAUAUAGGCAUAUGACUUUGCUAUUAAAAAUAUAACGGAGGAAAAUGGUGACCAUUUAGCUAGUUGAGUAGACUGAUUUAUUAUUUAUUGUUCUGUCCCACGGUCACGUGUCUGCGGCACCCAAUCCAAUCCCGGCCAAGGUUCAAUUUAUUGAACGAAUGUGGUGGUUCUUGGUGCAGCGAAUAGUAUCAUGAUCCUGUUUUUCUAAAUAUAUCACAGUGGACGUUUAGUUGCCUUUGGCUUUGUGUAUUUGUUGUCAUGUCGACAUUAGGCACGCUUAGUUACUAUGCAGACUCUCAUCUUCCCCGCGACCAAGGGGAUAUUAUGGCACACACAUACUCAAGCGGACCAGGGGUGGAACAGGCGAGCCAGCCGAUGCUAACUGAAUAUGGCGGUCCGGAAUCUUGCCCUUUGCAGACGAAAUCUUCUAUUUUCAGUGCGUCUUGGAGUCCCAUUUCUGCUCAUCAGCCUCCGAGCAGCGCAUCUAUAACACACCAGCCAUAUUUACACCACCAUUGUCCAACAGGAGAUACCGAUGGGAUGUUUAUGCGUUCCUGGGCGUUGGAACCGGUUUCUACGUCGAUAUGUUUAACGGGAUUAUCGUCAAAUAUGAACUAUGAUAUCAAACCCGAGCCGCUGAUAGGAAAUGGGGACUGCACAACGCUGGAAACGCACACACCUCUUGUGUCCGACAUUGACAACGGACCGUUCCGCGCAGAGAAGGAUACGAUCGCGUGUGAUGCCAUUUUCUCCAAACCCAACGAAGAGAGCAGCACAUCAACCGUAGAGGAAAAGAGGGAGAGGGAGAUCAACACAAAUGACCCAUCCUCCAACUGGCUUCAUGCAAAAUCCACCAGAAAAAAGCGCUGUCCAUACUCUAAGCAUCAGAUUCUCGAACUGGAGAAGGAGUUUCUGUUUAACAUGUAUCUCCCCCGCGACCGUAGAUACGAAGUAGCAAGAGUUCUUAAUCUGACUGAGAGACAAAUUAAAAUCUGGUUUCAGAACCGUCGGAUGAAGAUGAAGAAAGGGAAUAAGGACCGUCGAAAGACAUGUUAAAAAGGCGAGCAGUGCGGGCCCUGUAGACCCGUAGAAUAAACUGUGAAUAGUUACAAUUGGUGGACUUUCAGGAAACGAAGAUAUUUCUGGAAAAUAGUUGCCAAUCUAUCCACAUUUUGCUUGAUCUAUAGUCUAUGUUGUAUUCUGUAGGGCUGUUGUGUUGUUGUCGUUGUAAAAUCUGUCGGCUCGUUUUCUUCCUAGAGUGUUCUCUGUUUGACAAUGCUUAUUUGUUUCAUUGGUACUUUGAUGUUAUCUCAAUAACUUGGAUGUAAUUGGUAAAUCAUUUCAUUAAUGCACACAGAUUACUGUUAGACAUUGUCUAAUGUUCGUUGCAUGAAAUGUUUCAUGAAUUGAUUGUGGGUUUUUUCACCCAGAGUUUAGUCUAUGUUAUUGGCCUAAUCAUGUUUAUGCGUUGACUACCUGAAUGUGUUUCAACUACCUGUCAGACUAUUUAUUUAUUUAUAGGUUUUUUUUGCCGAAAGAAACAUGUUUAGACGGUGUGAUAUUUUUUUUAAAUUGCUGGGAUAAAAAUCCUUAACAGUUUUGUCUAUGGAAUUACAGCAACACUGUGCACACGCAAAAUACCUCAAUGUCAGAGUAUUUCGAUUCUAAAAGUCGUUUGUAUGAAAUAUCAAAUAAAAUGUCAAAUGAU